GAGCUUCAACCAGUCCUCAACUUCAUAUUGGCAAAUGUCCCUCCGCCUCUCCUCUAGACGUAUUCUUUCAUUCAUUUCGUUUUCUUCUUGCUCACAUGUGCUACGCGGUAGUGGUAGACAGACUCUCGUAACGUGUCUUUACACGGAGAAAUCCAAGCGGCGAAUGACCAAAUCUCAAAAGGUAUCCACACUCGAUCAGAAACGCUUUUUUCAUGCUUCUUCCCCUAGUCAUAAUGUCAAAGAUCCGUACGCUGCUCUUGGUGUGAGCAAGGAUGCAACGCAGGCAGACAUCAAGAAAACAUACUUCUCGCUUGCGCGCAAGUACCAUCCUGACACAAAUUCGGACAAGAACGCAAAAGAGAAGUUCAUGGAGAUUCAAGAAGCCUACGACCUCCUCAAAGAUGCAAAGAAGCGCGCAGCAUUUGACAAGUAUGGUGCUACAGCUCAACAGCCUGGUUUCGAUCCAGACGCCUACGAAAAUAUGCGGAAUGCAUUUGGCGGUGGAGGUGCACGAUCCGCCGGGGGCUUUGGCGGCUUCCAAGACUUCGCAUCUGCCUUCGGAGGUCGCGGAAACAGUGACCUCUUCGAGCAACUGUUCGGCAGCGCGUUUGGAGGCGGUGGAAGACCUCGCGCAAAUGUGCGUGGAGGUGAUCUUCAAAUGACUGUUAAUAUUUCCUUCAUGGAAGCUUGCAAAGGAACCUCUCGGACAGUCACCGUCGCACCGAUAGUCAAAUGUGGUACAUGUUCUGGCACAGGUCUGAGACCUGGUGCUAAGCGGACUCAAUGCACGGCGUGUAAUGGCACGGGCACACAGACAUUUGUCAUUGACAGUGGCUUCCAUAUGGCUAGCACUUGUCAGAGUUGUCAUGGUUCGGGAUCAACAGUGCCUCGUGGAAGCCAGUGUUCCAACUGUGGGGGUGUUGGUCAGGUUCGAGAGAAAAAGACAUUCAAGGUCGAUAUACCUGCAGGUGUUGAGGAUGGCAUGCUAGUCAGGGUACCGGAUGCGGGCGAUGCACCAGUGUCUGGUAAAGGGCCGGCUGGUGACUUGGUGGUUCGCGUGAACAUCUCCGCAUCCAAACAUUUCCGCCGCCAAGGCGUUAAUCUUUACCAUGACGCACGCAUACCACUGCAUACCGCGUUGCUAGGUGGUAAAGUGCGCGUUCCGACCCUGGACGGCGAAGUGGACGUUCGGAUACCCCAAGGGACACAACCAGGUGAAGAAAUGGUCCUCAAGCACCGUGGAAUAACAUCGAUCUACGGCGGAGAUAAAGGGGAUUUGUUUGUCAAAUUCUCCGUACAACUGCCAAGAUCUCUUACUCCACGACAACGAGAGCUUUUGCAGCAAUAUGCUGAUGAGGCCGAAGGCCGCCCGUCCACUCGAAGUGGUUCUCAAGAUCCGGGAACUAGUGAGGGUUCGUCUUCCACCAGUCGUCAGUCGACGAUAUCCGAUGGCAAAAAUGGUACGAUUUCCUUUUCUUCUCCUGACCAUUCCCCAUCGGAAGGUCGGAUGUCCCGUAUCUGGCAGAAAUUCAGAGAGCUCAUUGGAUUUUGAUCUUUCAUAAUUAUGUCUCUGCACUCCUAUUGGACGGAAAUCUUGAUUGUGUUUAACUCUCCCCUCGUUGAAACAGAUACUCAGGCGAAUGGUCAAUCGACAGCAACGGAGGACGAACAGGUUGAUCGAAAGAGACGGGCCGCGGCGUGAUUGAACGUCGAUACAAGAUUUGUGUUUCUCUUCACGUACCAUCAGAAUGGUUUAGAGUAGUAUGUAGAUUACCUUUCUCACUAAUGAGUACGUACGCGCAUCACACGUCCCUGGAUGACCUAUUUUCUUCCGCAUAUGUGAAAUGUGAAUCCGUGCAAAUCUUGCGCCCUCUUUGAG